GGGGAGGAACAGAUUAUUUUGUGUAACAGCAGAGAAGCAAAAGAAACACGAAGUUAAAACAGGAAGUGAAAGCAAAUCUAAUUAGAAUAACACAAAUGUGGUGGGCCCUGUAGCUUUUUUUUAAAGUUUGUACCCCAGUUUACAGACUUUAUUUAAAUAGUUGUGAGAAUCACUAAUAGACAGGUGGAGUCAAGGAGCACAGAAUUUGAAACUCUCUCCGUGGAAUACAAGCAGUCCUUGCUUACAAUGAAAAUCCAUUUUACUUUUGUGAUUAGCCUGUUUCUGUUUUGUUCCGGAGAAAUGACAGAAUGGCCUACACAUACACUCUGCAAUGUCGGUAACUUUAAAGCAUUUUACAAAAGUUGUGAUCCUCUGCAAGAUUUUGGAGUCACCUUGAGCCCUUGCUCCUAUAUCACACAAGAUAUAAAACUGAGAUUCGGGCUGCUUUUAAGGCAUAAUCUAAAUGAACUUUUUUUGAACAUCAAAGCACAUGUAAAUGGACAAUUUUUCAUAGACUAUGACUAUACUAUUUGUGAGAGCUCCGCACCAAGAUUUUCCUUCUGUGGGAGAAAAAAAGGAGAAUUUAUACAGAUUGAUCACCCCAUCAGCCCUCAUAUUCCAUAUUUUCCAAAAGGAGAAUUCAAUGUUUCACUUGAACUGGUUAAUGAAGACCAAAAACUCAUUGGCUGUGCUAACCUGACAGUGUUUAAUAUGUAACAUGCACUAUAAAGCGUAGUAAAGUAGUAAAAUGCAUUAAACCUGA